AUCGAGAGAGUAUAAAGUAUAUAUAUAGAGACAUUGACACCAGAUGUAUACCUGUAUACCAGAGGGAACUGGUGUACACAUGAAUCACUGUAAGGUUGAUACGCUUCCAGCAGCAUAAUGUUUCUACUUUUCCUUUGGGUUUGUUCUGUUACAGUCGUCCAUUUCACAGCAGGAGAGGCUUGUUCAAGUCAGAAUGUCUAUGGGAUGGAACACUGUUACAGCCUUUGGGGCUAUGACCAAAACGCCCUCCUCGGCACGGGGUACGGCGACAUAUUUAACUUCUCAAAAAUGCUCCAGUUCUGCCGAACCCCGAACGCUGUCAAUAUCGGUGACUGCAUGCGAGACGCUGUGGGAGACUGCGACACAGGCUGGGGAGAGGAAGGACUGCCUGUUUGGAACAGCCUGAUGGAUCUGCUUGGCCUAGGCGUCAAUUACCUCUGCAGCGAGCAGGGCGUGUUAGCAAGUCAGCAAUCUUGUUUGAAUGAAGUUUCCAACCUUAUUACCCGUUGUGUUCGAGAUGUGCUCCAGCGACAUGCUGAUGAAUUGAUAGAAACUCAAGCUUCCGGUAUCUGGAGAGACAUACGAAAGCAGAUGGAAGGGGUAGGCCGGGGCAGUGAGCAGUGCAUAUUUGAUGUGCUUUGGGAGAAAUGCAGCGCGGAUGUAGCCAAGGUGUUCGCUAACUUCCUCUACGGCACAGGGACAUACCCUUUUGAUCAGGAAAACCAUCAGAGCAGUUGACGUCUUCAUUUUAGCUUUAAAAUAUAUGACAAACAUGAUGAUGAAAUCGAAGAGAUCAAGUGUUAGUCUAGCAACCCUAAGCUCGACGAUAAUGUGUACACGUUGAAUGCCAACUGACUUCAGUGGCCCACCUCACAUGCGCCUCGGAAACAACAAGUGCAGAGUCCAGGGGCUGUCUACACCCCGGAAACUUUGGAACGCCAGACGGCACAAGGUGCCCUGAAAUCGUUUUACGGGGUUUUAUUCUUCACAUAUAGAUUCAUUAUAGUUUUAUUUGCUUCAUUUUGUUGAUCGCCAUUAAAUUGGCUCGACUUUACUUUUGAUUUAUUUUAUUUUUAUCUUUUUCCUUUGUUUUUACGUUUUUUUUGCAAGAAUGUGUUUUAAUUCCAAAUGGAUGAUUUAAUUAUUCCUUUUGGUAAUAAAGA